AGGCAUAACAGUCCGCCAUUAAUUCUUGUUACAUGGUUGCCUAAUCUAUGUUAUAUUUGUAAACAGUAGCUACAACGCCACCGAUGUUUAUAACAAGAUUGCAUGAGAUCUGUUAUUAAUUUGAGAUAGUAUCGUUCAUCAUGGACAAAGACGACAUUAGUGAGUUUCUUGAAACCGAGAUAGUCUACAAGUGCAGAGUCUGUGAAUACCGCACCUUUGAUAAAAAUGGAUUCGUUGAACAUGUUCGUUCUUCACACAAGGUUCAAGAAGAUACUGAAGUCUACCAGUGUGAUUUCUGCGGUGACAUAUUCGAAGACCAGCAGCUUCUGGUGCAGCACUUGGGUACAAUACAUAGUGUACAAGAAGAAACAGUUUCUCUACCUGUCACACAAGAACACAGUGAAGAGACUAAGCAGACAAUGAAGGAACAUAAUGUUGAGAGCGUAGCUGCAGAUAUUGUUGAUGAGAUAGCAGAAAAGGGUGUAGGCGUGCCAAUUAUCAUAGAUACAAGUGGUGAUCCCAUGCAGACUAAAGACAUGGCAAUUAGCAUGCCAGAUCUUGAAGAGUCUGCCCUACCACUGACAGAAACCCAAUUAAAGGAGCUGUUGGAAGGCAACUCGUCGAUGAAUCGGCUCAUCUGUAACCAGUGUUUCCAGACCUUCCGCACUCACGAGGACAUCAACAAGCAUCUGAGUGAUGCGCAUAACGUCACUGACGCACACUGUCAGGAAGUGAAGCUGCAGGGGUUACCAUCUGAAGCAAAUGCAUCUGUGAAAAGGCUGCUGAUGUGUAACUACUGCCACACAACUUUUCAUUCCCAUGAGGAGAUCUCAGUGCAUAUACAGACUGACCAUUACAAACUUGAGAAAGAUGGUUCGGAUACUGAUGAAGACGAGUUGGAGGUACCAGUACAACCAGUAAUCAUGCCAGUUAAACGAGGCAGGGGGCGACCAAGGAAAUACCCAAUAGGGGAGCGCACAGUGCAGCCAUCCCGCCCACCCGUCCCCAGCAUCGGCAAGCGCAUGUACUCUGACGACGAGGAAGAGGAGAGCGAGAAGGAGCCAGAACCGGCUCCCUACGUGUCGCGCAGCGGCCGCAUUCGCAAGCGUCCGCGCAUGCUGGCGCAGGACUACGUCGGUUACAGUGCAUACGUGAAGCUUGAGAACAUGGAUGCUGAGGAAGAGGAAGAUUGGGAUGGCACUGCAAAGGUACAUUGGUCAUCUCAGUUGACUCAAAGUGGAACACCGAUGAAGAAAAGAGGGCGACCAAGAAAGAAUCCAGCUGCGCCUUACCCUGUGAAACCGAAGCGUGUGUUUGGACCUGACGGAAAACCAAUUAAGCAGAAGCGUGGUCGGCCUCCGAAGCAUCUAGAGGUGUCGUACUGCGUACAGGCAGAUGGAGCUGAUACCCAGGAAACUCUAAAUCCUUCGUCAGUGCUAAUUAAAAAGAAAAGAGGACGUCCACGUAAAUCAAGGCUGGACAUGGAUGAAGACCCGAGCCCGAUCGUACGCAUCGACGUAACCGACGUCAACGAGGUGCUGCAGCGUAAAACAAUGGAGCAGCUGGAGGGAGACGAGGCGGCCGUCGCUCUCGCGGCGCUCUCUGGCGGCGAGCAGACGUUCAGAAUUGGGGAUACGAUUGUAGUACUGCAAGGAGGCAGCAGCGAAGAGCAAGAGCAAGGCAGAAAGUUGGAUGAAUCGGAGACCGACGGAAUUGCAGCCAAAACUGACACAUUACCUGGUGAGCUGGAUCCAGAAGCAGAUGAGAUGGAUUCUGAGAACAUAGACCCAGACAAUCCCAGCUUGGAGGCAUUAGAACAGCUUGAGAAGGAUUCGUCGACAGAUGCCGUUGAUGUGGAAUUUGUGGACGUAGCUAAGAAGCGGCGGCGCCCUCUAUUUCAUCACCUGGAUGAUGGGAGUCGCAUCUAUCGAUGCUCGCGGCGCUUUUGUGUCUUCAAUCACGUCAAUAAAUACUUUUUCACUGAGUUUGAGAAGGAAAUACAUGAGAAGUGUCACACGCCGUACAGCAACGAGUUCAAGUGCUGCGAGUGCGACUUUGCCACCAACCAGUGGGUGGUGAUGCGACGGCAUCUGUGGAAGACGCACGACAUCGAGGCGGGCAUCCUGACGUGCAACGUGUGCGGGUUCAAGUCGGAGCGCAACUUUGAGUACGAGGACCACAUGCGCACGCACAGUAACAAGUUCAUCUACAAGUGCACGAUAUGCAAUCGCAUGUUCAAGAGCUACAAGCUCAUGAAGAACCACGAGCGUUAUCACGGGCCGCACUACCUGAAGGGCCCGGCCGGUGAGCUGCAGUGUCCCGUAUGCAGGAUUGGGUUUAAGUGUGACACUCACCUGAAGGAACACAUUACGUGUGUACACCUGGGAGUAGAGCUUGUAUGUGAGAUCUGUGGAUUCAAAACUCGCCGGAAGGAAACCAUGCAGGUGCACACGACUAUCCAUAAAGGAAUAAAACCAUUCCGAUGCGACCAGUGUGACUUCACGACGAGUCAUCGCAGCUCACUGCGCUGUCACAAACGUCGGCAUGCGGGUUUCCGGCCUUACCUCUGCCCCUACUGCCCCUGGGACACGACCGAGGCAACACCCUUCAGGGUCCACCUGAUGCGAAAACAUCCCGAGAGUGAGCUGGUGCAUCGAUGUCCCUACUGCUGCUACACGACAGUGAAUAAGGACUAUAUGCGUCGACACGUUGCACAGAAGCACCCAGACGGGGACAGUGUUCAGAUCACAGAGACGCUGACUGAUGAGGGUGGCGGCGUAGUGGAGAUGCCAGAUGGAGGUGAAAUGGUGACAGUGGUUUCAGGAGAUGGAGUUACGGAGGGGGAGGUAGGGGAAGAGGAGUUGACAAAUGUCACCGAGAUUACAGUUCUACCGGAGGAGAAUGCUCAAGCCAUUUUGCAACUUCUCGCCAUGUCCGAGAUUCAGACAGGUGGGGCUGAUGGUGCGAAACAAGUAAUUGAAGUGCACACGUCAGAGGAUGGCGGCUCGGGUGAUCAAGUGGAGAACAUUGAUGGCCCAAUAAUAUUGCAGACGGAGGAUGGCAAGUACGUUAUACAAGGAGAGGACGGAGAGUUCGUCGAGCUACAGGACGGGCACGUCAUCUUGGACGGAGGGGACGAGAUGAGCGGGAAAGUCUACCUGCACGAGGGAGAGCUGGUCAUCUCUGACCAGACGACAAGCGAACAGCUGCUAAUCAGCGACCAAUCUGAGGAACAGGUGUACGUGACCGGAUAUGACAACUCUGCGGAAGUCGGUCAGGAAGCGGGGGAGGCUGGGAUCGGUGACGCAUCGCAGGUCAUUGUUAAUGAUGCGGGACAGAUAGUCGAGUCCAUCGUCACUCAAGAAGCCACAGAGGAAUGUUAGGAUUCAGAUGGUGAUAUUACGUGCAAUCUCAAUGUCUAUCUCUGGGUCAACUGUGUAUAUUUAUAUCUUGAAAUGGUGAUUUGGUGUAUCAGCAUGAAUACGGUGCACUGUUCAAGGGUUGAUAAUGUAAAUUUCAUUGACUGUAAUGCCUGUGAAAAAAUUCUGUGAAUUGAAAAACCAGUAUUACAUUCACCUAUUUGCAUGCCACAAAACUCCUGUUAUAAUAAGUUAACAAAAUUUUUACCCCUCUAUGCCAUUCAAUAGACCAGCAAGCGACUAAUUUUGAUAACGUUGAAACACCUCCUCCACAACCAAUUUCUUCCUGUGCAAUGACGUUAUGCUGACACUUUACAAGGCGACAUUAUAUUCACCUGGUCUGUAGAUACAUAUAGUAAUAUUUGCUCCUUGAAAUAUGAUUGAUGUGACUUCAUUUAAUGUUUCAAUGCAGUUAUGUGAUGUGUGCAAAUAUGGAUCAGUGUACAAAUUGCAGUUGUAAAUAUUAUUGCAUUUUUUUAUAUUAAAAAUGUUAAUUUUUUUUCAUAUA